AUGACUUUCCUGUGGGCGGCUCUUACUUACCUAGUACUCCUUGAUGUUGCCUGGGGCUGUGGGAACCCAGUCAUUAAGCCCAAUGUGAAAGAUACAGAGAGAAUUAUCAAUGGGGUGGAUGCCAUUCCUGGUUCUUGGCCCUGGCAGGUCUCGCUGCAGACUAGCUCACGGCAUCAUUUUUGUGGCGGUUCCCUGAUCAAUGAGAAUUGGGUUGUUACUGCUGCUCACUGCAAUGUGGAAGCGGGAAUACACUUUGCUUUCUUUGGACUGCAGAACAGAUUUGAGAAUGCUGCGCCAGUCCAAUGGCGAUCCAUAGUCAAGGUGAUCACCAAUCCUGCCUGGGACCCCUACAAUAUAAAUAAUGACGUCACCCUAUUGAAGCUGUCUUCUCCAGUGCAGCUGAAUGACUAUGUAUCCCCGGUCUGUCUGGCUUCUCCCACAGAGGUUUUAACCCCGGAUUUAAAGUGCGUCACAACCGGUUGGGGACGGGACAAGCUAAACUCAUAUGAAUCUGCAGUUAUAUUACAGCAAGUCGUUCUUCCCUUGGUGCAAGUAAACGUGUGCCAGCAAAAACAUUCCUUGCCUAUCACCACUUCUAUGGUAUGUGCAGGUGGAGCCGGAUCCACAUCCUGCCAUGGUGAUUCUGGUGGCCCUCUGGUAUGCCAGAAAGGCUCAACUUGGUAUCUGAUUGGGAUCGUCUCCUGGGGAAGCUCCAGCUGUAAUAUUUAUACCCCUGCUGUGUAUGCCCGAGUCUCCAAAUUCCGCAAUUGGAUUGACCAAGUUGUAGCUAGAAACUGAGGACACUCUGGAGGGAUACAAGACAAAUGCUCUCACGGGGACUCCCCCCAAUGUAGAAAAUAUAUCAACAUACAUUCUCGCAACCGAGAUACGGAAACAAACACACCAGUUUUCAUUUCAAAGAAAAAAAUCUUCUUCCAG